UAGAGCGCCCCGGGCAGGUGGUGCAAACACCCCUGCUCUCCCGCGCCCCCUGCCGGAGGGAGAGGAGGAAAAGGAGGAGAAGAAAAAAAGAGGAGGAGAAAAGAGGAGGCUGCAAGGAGGGAGAGAGAGAAAGAGCAAGAGCCUGGGCGCCGAGGGGGAACUACUCGAGAGUUUGCCUGAUGGUGCUGCCGCUACUGCCGCCGCCGCUGCCGCCUCCUCCACCAAGCGGGAGAGGAGGGGCGAAGAGACAGCUAGGCAGAAGCCUGGGUCCCCUGCUUCUCCUUCUGGCACUGGGACACACCUGGACCUACAGAGAGGAGUUUGAGGACAGCGACAGAGAAGUCUGUUCAGAGAACAAGAUAGCGACCACCAAGUAUCCUUGUCUAAAAUCUACCGGGGAACUCACCACAUGUUUUAGGAAAAAGUGCUGCAAGGGUUAUAAGUUUGUUCUUGGACAGUGCAUCCCAGAAGAUUACGAUGUGUGUUCUGAGGCUCCUUGUGAACAGCAAUGCACAGAUAACUUUGGCCGAGUUCUAUGUACCUGCUAUCCAGGGUACCGGUAUGACCGGGAGAGACACAGGAACAAAGUGAAGCCUUAUUGCUUAGAUAUCGAUGAGUGUGCCACCAGCAAUGAGACUCUCUGCUCACAGAUCUGCAUCAACACCUUGGGCAGCUACCGUUGUGAGUGUCGGGAGGGGUAUAUCCGAGAAGAAGAUGGGAAGACAUGUACCAAAGGAGACAAAGGACAUGAUGAGAAAGUAGAGAAUGUGCUGAAGGCAGGAACCUGCUGUGCCACUUGUAAGGAGUUCCACCAAAUGAAACAGAUGGUAUUACAGUUGAAACAAAAGAUUGCACUGCUUCCGAACAAUGCCGCUGACCUGGGCAAGCAUAUCACUGUUGACAAGUUGUUGGCUUCAAACACCUACCUGCCAGGGCCUCCUGGUCAACCUGGAGGUCAGGGCCCUCCAGGGUCUCCUGGACCAAAAGGAAGCCCUGGAUUUCCUGGGGUACCUGGGCCUCCUGGACAACCUGGCCCCAGGGGCUCGAUGGGACCCAUUGGACCAUCUCCUGACCUCUCUCAUAUUAAGCAAGGCCGGAGAGGCCCUGUGGGUCCACCAGGUGCACCAGGAAGAGACGGUUCCAAGGGUGAGAGAGGAGCUCCUGGGCCCAAAGGAUCUCCAGGACCCCCUGGUUCUUUUGAUUUCCUCUUGCUGAUGAUGGCCGACGUCCGAAAUGAUAUCGCAGAACUUCAGGAGAAGGUGUUUGGGCACCGGACUCAUUCGUCAGCAGAAGAGUUCCCAUUACCUCAGGAAUUUACCAACUACCCAGAUGUCUUAGACUUUGGUUCUGGAGAGGACUAUCCAAAGAGAACUGAGACAAGAGACUCAAGAAUUCACAAAGACUUAUAUCCUUAGUAGGGCCUAAGUAUUUCAUGCCAAAAGUAGGAGAAGAAAAGGUUGAUUCCCUCCUGAAUUUGAAUGAUGGAAAGAAAAAAAUGCACUGGGGAUUUAAAAGAUAGAUUUUUAUUUUAUUAACUUUUCCCCUUGCUUUCUACCCUUGUACCUCUUUGCUUCCAAAUACUUUUUUAACAUCCCACCUCCUUAUCUAUUGGUAAGUAGACCAGUGACUGACUGAUAUGUUUCCUAGCCUAAGCCAGUUAGGUUAAUGAGUCAAAGUUUCUCCGUUAGUUUCCUUUUGUUUCAGCUAAAGGAUUCAAAGAAAAUUCCAGAGUUUUGCCAUCAGAAAUCUGUUCAUUUUGCAAAAAUCUGUGAGAAUGUCCCCAAAACACAAGAUAAUUUGCCAGGUGAGAAGAUGCCAAAUGCACUUACAAAAAAGUGAUUAAUCAGUCAGUUACACAUCUAUUAUGUACUAGACAUUAGGGAUACAAAAAGAUAAAAGUGAAAUAGAACCUGCCCUCAAGGAGUUUAUAGCCUAAUGGGGGAAGCAACAUGCAUGUAUAUAGAUACAUACAAAAUGACAAAAGGCUAAUAUUUGGAGCCAUAAUUUCAUCAACGAAGAGACUUCCUUCACUAAUCCAGAUGAUAACUUGUCUGUGCCUUCUCAUCCUCUGUGAUUCCUAAUACAGAAAAGUAUGUAACUGAAAGAUGUAACUAAAGGAACAGAAGCUCCUAACCAAUUGGUCAAGAUUUUUGGAGGAGGGGAGGUUCCCUAAAAUAGUAUGUAAUUUGUCUAACAUUAAUGAGGUCCUAUCAUUUUUAAAUAUCAAUAAUUAUAUAAGGUUUUUUGCUGUCACUGGAUGAAGUAGUAGGGACCAAGGAGAAAGCAGAGUUAUAUUAUUUGCUGGUAUAUAUAAUGCAGCUUUUAAAACCCAAAAUGUGACUGUUAAAGUGUCCUUGCCUUGCUUUUGAGUAAGUACCACAUUCAGAGUAAAAAGUGCUGCGUACUAUAGGAACAAAUUCCCUCUUCUUUUACACAACUGUGUUGAAUACUGCAUAUGGUAAAGAGAUGAAAUGUACUGAUGCACACCAGAAGCCAUUGGGGAGUUAUAUGCCAGGAGAAUUUCUGAUUCUUUGGUCAUGUGUGUAGGUAGGCUUUGAAGAACUCUUCUCAAUAAAUUACACUGUUCAUAAAAGCAGGGUCACUGGCCACAUAAGGGGUGGGAAGGGAUACAAAUUCCCCAGGCUAGACUUGGCAACUGAAGAAACCUUAAUGUGAUCCCAGAGAGCAAUCCUGCCCUUGGGCCAGAGCAAUUGAGUCAAUGUAAGAUGGGACUCUAGGCUGUGUGAAAGUCUCUGGUUCAGGGCCAUUUUCUCUUUUUUCAUGGCCAAAUGAAGACAAAUAGCUAAAUCUACAGGUGAGCUCUCCUUUAAUAUUACAGGGCCUGUCAUGAGUCUACACCAACUUUUCCACUAUAAUUGGAGCUACAGUGAUUACAAAGAUUUCAUUUAGUUGGAGGGGGAGACUGAACAAAAAUAAGCAUUCCUCAGUCAGCAGAAGUUGUCCUUCCUUUGUUUAUGAUGAGGGAAAAUUCUACUUUCUCUUGCCCUUGUGUUCCCUUCUUCCACAACUGCAGAAAACAACUUACAAAGGGCAUUUUUUCCUAAACAUUCAAUUCAAACCAAGUGUUUAUAGAAUUUAAGGAUCUUAGAUUUGGAAGAGAUCUUAGAAGUCAUCUAGGCCAACUCCUUGGGACAGUGGAUGAAGCCCCUUAACAAGAUUCUAGUUAAGCAUCCACUCUAGUGAAAGGUAGCUCACUGUCUCAUGGAAACAAGCCAUUCUAGUUGUUUGUUUGAAUUGCUGUCUUCUUUACAGAGAGCUGAAACUUCCCCCAGUUCUCCUCUCUGGUCAAGUCACACCAGGCUAGGCACUGAGGAAACUAAUAAAUAAACCUAUUUGUGCUUUAGAUUCCUUCUUCCUAGGAUUAACUAGGACCAGGAUCCCAUUGGGAAGUCAAAAAAAAAAAAAGUCAUUCACUUGUGAAUCCUUGAGGUCACCGUUUAUUUUCAGUAAAUAUCAUAUAACUUCCUUACCACCUUUCUAAAAAUACCUGCUGCUUCCUUCUUUCUCUUCCCCUUACAGAGAAGGUAGAAGCCCUUUUCCUUUUCCCCUAAUUGGACCUUUUCCUUCUAAUUCUUAGCAGCACAAAUUGUGAUUCCUAAGCCUUUGUGUGUUUAACUUUGAUUGUUGUUUUGACUUUGCACCACCCUCCGUCACUUAAAUCCAGUUUAUUUGCGUGUCAUGGCAUGACUUCCCUGAUGUCAUGGUCCUCUUCAAGAACAAAAG